AUGGAUGUGAAUAACCGGAGGGAACCGGCAGAGCCGUCGGACGACCUCAGCUCCUCCAAGAGGAUCCGCACCGCCUUCACCAGCCACCAGCUGCUGCAGCUGGAGCGCGAGUUCCGCGCCAACAUGUACCUGUCGCGCCUGCGCCGCAUCGAGAUCGCCUCCUACCUGAGCCUCUCUGAAAAGCAGGUCAAGAUCUGGUUCCAGAACCGCCGGGUCAAGUACAAAAAGGAGGAUGUGAGCAGCGGCGUCCGCUGCCCCUGCUCGCAGCACGCGCCGAGAUCGGCGCCCAGCUUCCGCCAGGAGACAGCGCCCCGCUCGCCGCUCGGGUCGGAAAGAGGACACCACUGCGCCGCCGAGUGGUCGGCUGGCCGGCCGCCGUCAACGGACGGUGGUAGUCCGCGAGACACGCUGGCGCCGUUGGUGGGAAGUGAGCCUGAGGGCAUGUCGGCUGUGACCGCGCCAGAGGGCGGUGCGUCACCGGGUACGGUUCCUGGUCACCAUGACACGGAUCUCGAAUGGUCCGCACUUCAGCCAGUGACGGAUCCACCCGGCGGUGCUGGAAACCAUUGA